AUGAACCCCGUCAGUGUUGGGGAGUACCAUGGGCUGAGGGUGGGCUCGUCUCUGCUCAGCAUAGUGGCCGGCUGCGUCAUGAUUGGAAUUUCCAGGGAGUGUGACGCCGAUGCUGUUGGAGGCAUCUUUCUGGGUGCAGGAGGACUUGGAAACAGAGUACAACCAGCAGCUUCGAACCCCAUCCCAGAGCAAACUUUAGACACUUUAAGACGUGAAGGAACUCAAAGUCAGCUGAAUGUGGAACGCACCAAGAGCCGAAUGGGAACGUUUGUGGAAGGAGGACGACCUGGGGAGAAUCCAGAUGAAGGGUAUAAGAAUGUGCCAUGA